GUGGGCUUUGCUGGAGGUGCCUGUCAUUCACACCACACCCUCCCACUAAGACCCCACGGGAGCCCACUAGCCCCUCCUCAAACCUGAUACCUCAUUGGGUUCCCCCUUUCCUUCUGUACAGAGUACAUGGGAAGGGAGAAUUUCGCUGCACUUUGUCCUCACCAGACUGCUGGCACCCCCUUCCAAACGCCAACACAUCCAUUGUCGCUGCCCCAGGUCCGACGACGACCCAGGGCCUCCCCAUUUUCAACCUCGACAUCCCUAACCUCCUCCGCUAUUCCAAUAGCCUCAUCCUCGGGUCCACUUUUAGGGACUCAAAGACCGGUCCGUAACGACCACCCUGCAUUUCUGAGGUCCCGCCUUUGAGACGGAGACCGCGCCCCGGGCUCGCCAUCUGGAGAGAGAGGGAGGAAGGAAGGAUACAGACCCAGGCGUUCACCCCACCUCCACCCCCGCCCCCGACAUCCCGGCCGGAUAAAGGAGCCCAGACCCAGAGGGGAGCGAGACCCCGCCCCCCGAAGAAGAGGAGCUGCAGCCCCUGCAGGACGGGGGUAAGAACCGACCACUGAGGGGACCGGACUUCAGGGUCCCUCAAAAGGGAGACUGAGUCCCAGACAGUGCGCUAAACUAGGAUCGAGGAUUAGAGAGGACUGCAGAAUCCCUGUGGUUGGUGAAAGGAGCUUCGAGUCGGAUUUAUAGAGGUGUGAACUGCGGGUCGUCUGGGGUCCCUAGGCAAGGUCAAGCUCUGAGACCCAGGCGCGCAGCGGAGCAGGGGAAAGGGAGUCGGGUGGUGGAGGAGGAGGAGGAGUCGAACCAGCGGCGUCGCGCGCGUCGGACUCCGCGCGCGCCCCAGGGACGCAGCGGUGAGGACGGACCUUCACCUACUCCGAGCGCUCUGGGAUCUUGCAGAGGGAGAAGAGCGGUGGCGCGUUUGGGAGCAGAGCCUGCGUCGCGAUGGGUUCCACCGCGGCACCCGAAGGCGCUCUGGGCUACGUCCGCGAGUUCACUCGCCACUCCUCCGACGUGCUUGGCAAUCUGAACGAGCUGCGCCUGCGCGGGAUCCUCACUGACGUCACGCUGCUGGUUGGCGGGCAACCCCUUCGAGCACACAAGGCAGUUCUUAUCGCCUGCAGUGGCUUCUUCUAUUCAAUUUUUCGGAGCCGAGCAGGAGUGGGGGUGGAUGUGCUCUCCCUGCCCGGGGGCCCCGAAGCCAGAGGCUUUGCUCCGCUUCUGGACUUCAUGUACACUUCGCGCCUGCGCCUCUCUCCUGCCACUGCCCCAGCCGUCCUUGCGGCUGCCACCUACUUGCAGAUGGAGCAUGUAGUUCAGGCAUGCCACCGCUUCAUCCAGGCCAGCUAUGAACCUCUAGGCAUCUCCUUGCGACCCCUGGAGGCGGAGCCCCCUACACCACCAACGGCCCCUCCACCAGAUAGUCCUAGGCGCUCGGAAGGGCACCCAGACCCACCUACUGAAUCUCGAAGCUGCAAUCAAGGUCCCCCAAGUCCAGCCAGCCCAGACCCUAAGGCCUGCAACUGGAAAAAGUACAAAUUCAUCGUUCUAAACUCUCAGGCCUCCCAGGCAGGGAGCCUAAUGGGAGAGAAGAAUUCUGGUCAUCCUUGCCCUCAAGCUAGGCUCCCCAGUGGAGAUGAGGCCUCCAGCAACAGCAGCAGCAGUGAAGAAGGACCCAUUCCUGGUCCCCAAAGCAGACUCUCUCCAACUGCUGCCAUUGGGCAGUUCAGAUGUGGAGCUCCAGCCAGUAGCCACUAUCUCCUCACACUCCAGGCUCAGGAGACUACUGGAUCACCCUCUGAGCAGGCUCGACCACCACCAGGAAGUGAGUUUUUCAGCUGCCAGAACUGUGAGGCUGUGGCUGGGUGCUCAUCGGGGCUGGACCCCUUUGCUCCUGGAGAGGAAGAUAAGCCUUAUAAGUGUCAGCUCUGUCGGUCUGCCUUCCGCUACAAAGGCAACCUGGCCAGUCACCGCACAGUGCACACAGGGGAAAAGCCCUACCAUUGCUCCAUCUGCGGAGCCCGAUUUAACCGGCCAGCUAACCUGAAAACGCAUAGCCGCAUCCAUUCUGGAGAAAAGCCCUACAAGUGUGAGACUUGUGGUUCCCGCUUUGUACAGGUGGCGCAUCUGCGAGCACACGUGCUGAUCCACACUGGAGAGAAGCCCUAUCCUUGUCCCACCUGUGGAACCCGCUUCCGCCACUUACAGACCCUCAAGAGCCAUGUUCGCAUCCACACGGGAGAGAAGCCUUACCACUGUGACCCCUGCGGCCUGCAUUUCCGGCACAAGAGUCAACUUCGGCUGCAUCUGCGCCAGAAACACGGAGCUGCUACCAACACCAAAGUGCACUACCAUAUCCUGGGGGGGCCCUAGCUGAGUGCUGGCCCACGCCCCCACUUGUUCCCUGGAGGAUGGGAAAAUGUAGGCUUUGGCCUGGCUUCCAGUCAGUCUUGGGACAGGGCUGUGCAGGACAACUCUGAUGUCAGAAACUGCUGCCACCUUAAUUUCUUGCUGGGGAGAGCAGGGGUGGGCAGAUCCUGGCUAGAUCUCCCUCUGUUUUGCUGGUCAAAACCUCUUUCCCAUAAUCUAGUUUGUCUAGCUAGAGGUUGGAGGAAGGGAGAGAAUGGAGGCCUGAUUUCCUUAAGGAAACAGCCCUCUUCUUACAGCCCCCAAUCUCAUCUGGUUUAUCUGUAAAUAUAAUUUAUUGAGGCCUUUGGGUUUCACCAAGGCCUUCAUUCUGUGGCAUUUCCUAGUUCCCUCUUCUACAAGUGUGAUCAAAAGUGACCUGAAACAGGGAAAGUGAGGUCACAGCUCUGCUGGCAGAGAUUAGCACUUGGCUUUCUCCUUUGGCUUGGGUGUUUUUAUAUUGUUAUUGUCAUAACUUUUAUCUUUAGAAUUGUUCUGUUUCUUGUUUGUUCACGUGUUGGUUAAGAAAGGGGUUCUCUGUGUUCUGCCCCUCCAAUUUCUAGGUCUGGAACCUUUAUUUGUUCUUGGGCAAGCCCUGGGAACUUGUGGAAUUGGAAUGGGAACCCUUUCUGUUACUCUCUAGCAGGCUAGAACUGAAUAUAGACCAGUGAUGGUGAACCUUUUAGAGCUUUCAAUGAUACAAACAACCCACUGUGACACCUAUGCCAUAGGUUUGCCACCACUGACAUAGACUCUUCUUUGUUCUUCAGGGGUUAUAGAAACCUUUAUUGUGAGCCUGAAAUUGAGGUGAUAAAUGCCUCCUGCAGGAUGGGGGUGUGGGCACUGGAUUCUGUAUUUCCUGUUUUGUUUUGUUUUUUAAAGACACAGUCUUGUUCUGUAGUCCGGGGUGGCCUUGAACUCAAGAUCCUCCUGCUUCAGCCUCCUGAAGUGAGGCUGGUAGUCUUUCCUACAAGAUGGUUCAGAACCUAAACUGUCCCAUUAACCUAGUCACCUGGGUUUGGCUGCACUAUAUGCAUCUAUCACCCAAGUGUAUAAGUCAAGCCCAUAAGUCUUCCACUUGGGCCUGUUCUUAGCACUGAGUUGAUCCCUCCAUAGAGAGAUCUGAAAUGCCUUAUCAGAGAUGAUGUGACCUUUUCUGAUUCCAAACCAGUUUGUAAGAAUAUUGUGAUCUAGGGGAGAAUUAUGAAACUCUGUACUUUAAAGAGUCAUGACCCAUCCAUUAGUGCAGAGGUGUCUGGGUUUGAAUAUUCCUUGAUGUUCUCUACCUGUGAUGAUCCCCUUCUUCCUUGUUUUUGGACAUCUUUCCGAAAGUGUCCAGGUUCCAGAAACAACUUCUUUGUCUCUAAAAGUCACAAGUCCUUGGUAACUUUCUUACCUUAGAAAAGCUGGGUCUGUAACAUAGUGUUCCUAUCACUGCAUUCCUGUCUGGAACCAGUGAAUGUACUAGAACCUUCCACAAGAAGAAAAAAGGGGCUGAGUUCCAUUCUGGGUUUGUUGAAGUUUUGGAUUAUGAUUGGGAUUAUUGUUGGGAUUACAGAUUUAAGAGACCUAAAAGACUGGUUGACUCAUGGGCCAAAGACCUCUUCUAGUUGACCAAUCUGCCAGGUAGGAUGAAGAGGCUGGUUGAGGGCUACAUCUUCUGGUAUAGACCAGGUAGGAAGAAAGUUAGAAAUGGUGUUGCCUCUUGGCUAAAACGAAGUGUCUGGAAUGUUAGAUAAUACUUUGAAGCCUUGAUUUAUAGUUCAGACCCUUGUUGCCCUGGACCUAUUUGAUGGGACAUGGGUGGAGGAUAAGAAGCACUUUUGAAUUUGUGGUGUGGAACUCCUCAAGUCAAUACUAGAGGAUGUCACUUGGGGACUGGUGAGAAAGCUAUUUUCUUUAUGCAUUUUAAUUCCCAUCACCCCAUUGCAGAAUUGAGGAACGGAGGGAAAGUAAAAGAGAAAUGUGAGAAGGAACCAUGAUUUCUAUUUAUCAGAAUGGAUGGGCAGGUGAAAAGUGCCUGGGGAUGGAAGUAUUAGAUCUUGGGAGAUCAGAGCCUUGGAAUAAAGAAGCCUCUUUGUUCUA